AUGGCGUCUGACUAUGAAAUUGUACUAGAUGAUUCAGCUGAUGGUCCUCCAACCAUCGACACUGAAGAUGAAGAUUUCAAGGAGAUCAUCAACAGCCACAAGAAGAAUUCAAAGUCAGCAACCUCCAAAGUGAUGGAGAAGCUGGAACAGCUUGAAAAUGUCAUCCUGAACGUUGCCAUAACAGGGAACAGUGGGGCUGGAAAGUCCUCCUAUGUCAAUGCCAUACGAGGCGUGCGUGAUGAUGAUGAGGGCUCAGCAGCAACCGGGGUGACUGAGACCACCAUGACACCUCUCAUGUAUCCCCACCCCACCAUGCCCAAUGUACAGAUCUGGGACUUGCCAGGUAUCGGAAGCCCCAAGUUCAAGGCCAAGCAGUAUCUGAAAGACGUCAAAUUCAAAACCUACGAUUUCUUCAUCAUCAUCACCUCUGAACGAUUUAAGGAGAACGACAUCAUGCUAGCCAAGGAGAUAAAGAGAAAGAAGAAACUGUUUUAUUUUGUGCGCUCCAAGAUUGACAAUGAUAUUCGCUCCGAGAUGAAGAAGAAGAACUUCGACAAGCAGGAGGUCCUUCAAAGAAUCAGGGAGGACUGCAAGUUGAAUCUGCAGAAAGUGGGAGACCCAAAGGUGUUCCUUGUGUCAUCCUGUGACCUCAGUGAUUAUGAUUUUCAACUCUUGAUCGACACCCUGGAGACAGAGCUCCCAAUGCACAAGAGACUCGCGCUACUGCAGUCACUUCCCGUUUGCUCACUGGCUAUGAUUGACAAGAAGAAAAAAGCUCUGGCCAGACUGAUUUGGCUCAUAGCAUUUGGCUCCAGCACCAUCGCAAUGGCACCAGUGCCAGGUUUGUCAUUUGCAUGUGACCUGGGCAUAAUGAUAGCCUACUUCCGAAGAUGCCUGCAAGCCUUGGGUCUGGACGACAGGUCGCUCAGUGUCCUGGGCGAGAGAGUGAACAAGACGGUCGAAGAGCUGAAGCAGCCAAUGACAUCACGCUUCAAAGAUGGAGUCAGCAGGAAAGUUGUGAUUAAGUUGUUCGGCUCAGCUGAAAUGGGAGCGGCCAUGACCAUCGAGUAUAUCCUCAGUACCAUACCCAUUGCCGGAACUUUGGCUGCUGGUGGAAUCUCCUUUGGCACAAUCUUCCACAUGCUGAACAAAGGCCUCAGAGAGAUGACUGCUGAUGCCAAGGCAGUGCUGACAUCUGCAGGCCUGGAGGCAGCAGGAGAUGGUGAGAGGGAGAAGAAGGAGGAGGAAGGCCCACAGGAACCCAAGGAGCCGGAGCAGAAGUAUCACCCUGUCAACAAAGGUACGAACAAUAACAUGGCUACUGACUACGAAAAUGAAGAUGAUUCAGCUUAUGGUUCAGUAUGCAUUGAUACUGAAGAUGAAGACGUCAAGGAAAUCAUCAAUAGCUACAAGAAGAAUUCAAAGGAGUCAGCAACCUCCAAAGUGAUGGAGAAGCUGGAACAGCUUGAAAAUGUCAUCCUGAACAUUGCCAUAACAGGCAACACUGGGGCUGGAAAGUCUUCCUUUGUCAAUGCCAUACGAGGUGUGCGUGAUGACGAAGAUGGCUCAGCAGCUACUGGCGUAACUGAAACCACCAUGACAUCUGUCAUGUAUCCCCACCCCACCAUGCCCAAUGUGCAAAUCUGGGAUUUGCCAGGUAUCGGCAGCCCCAAGUUCAAGGCCAAGCAGUAUCUGAAAGACGUCAAAUUCAAAACCUACGAUUUCUUCAUCAUCAUCACCUCUGAACGAUUUAAGGAGAACGACAUCAUGCUAGCCAAGGAGAUAAAGAGAAAGAAGAAACUGUUUUAUUUUGUGCGCUCCAAGAUUGACAACGAUAUUCGCUCUGAGAUGAAGAAGAAAAACUUCGACAAGCAGAAGGUCCUUCAAAGAAUCAGGGAGGACUGCAAGUCGAAUCUGCAGAAAGUGGGAGACCCAAAGGUGUUCCUUGUGGCAUCCUGUGACCUCAGUGAUUAUGAUUUUCAACUCUUGAUCGACACCCUGGAGAAAGAGCUCCCAAUGCACAAGAGACUUGCGCUACUCCAGUCACUUCCUGUUUGCUCACUGGCUAUGAUUGACAAGAAGAAAAAAGCUCUGUCAAGACUCAUCUGGCUCGUCGCAUUUGCCUCCAGCGCCAUCGCAAUGGUACCAGUUCCGGGUUUAUCAAUUGCAUGUGACUUAGGUAUAACAAUAGGCUACUUCCAAAGAUGCCAGAAAGCCUUGGGACCGGAUAAUAGGUCGCUCAGUGUCCUGGGUGAGAGAGUGAACAAGACCGUGGAAGAGCUGAAGGAGCCAAUGCAGUCACUCUUCAAAGGUGAAAUCGACAUGAAAGUUGUGAUCAAGUUCUUCGGCUCAGUUGAAAUGGGAAUGGCCGUCACAAUCGAGUACAUCCUCAGUACCGUACCUGUCUGUAACCAAGUGGUAAGGACAGGAGAGUUUUAAACUCAAAAUUUCACAGUUUUUCUUACUAAAUAGACUACGCCACCCUGGGAUAAGAAUGGGAACUACAGCCCAGGGACUGUAUGAAAACCUUAGAUUUGACCCCCACACAAGUUCUGUUGCAUUAACGAGGAAACGUGGAUUCCGUAACAAAAUAAUCUCUUUAUUAACAAUUUCACAUAUAAUAAAUAUAAAAAUCCGGACAGUUAAAAUGUUUCCCACCACAAUGCAUACACACACUCACACUCACAUACACACUCACACAAAUCGGUACAAAAGGGAGGGUUCUCAAAUACAGGGCAGGUGCACCCAAGAGGGGGGAAUUAUACUAAGCCCCCUGUAUAGGCCUUGGAUAAGUACACACAAACACUUGUGCCCAUGCACACACUAAGUGGAGGUGAAUUAUUGCACUCACACACAGGUAACACUGCACUGCACUGCAAUUCACUGCACCCCACGUGACCGGACCCACCACCAGGGGGGAAGAGGACCUCCCUCUGGGAUUACCUGCACCUGUUAACAGAAAAGACAAGGGUAAAUAAAGGGGUAAUCAAGGGCCUGCCACUUGCCCAGCAAAUAAAGACAAACAAAAAGAAAUAAACUGAGUUGCAGGGCCCACCAGCAAAAUCUAACUCGCCACAGAAAGAGAUUGCUACAGGCAAGAGCAGGACUGAUGGGAAUUAGUAAGUUACCAUCAGGUCAGGGGCAUUGAUUUAGGCUACAAGCCGCGCACACUCAGUAGUUACAGAUACAAAAACAAAAGAAUUCAAAUUGAAGUUCCCAACUCAAGUCAAAAGAAAAUAAUCAACCAGAAGAAAGAAACAUCCCUCAAAGAAAAUGUACAAAAUAAACAAUGACUUGUGCUCUCACCACGACAUAACAGGACACUCAUUCACACAGACUACAUUCACGCACACACUGAACUCGGCCACAUGCGCCACCUGCGCAAGAUAACUUGUGCUGGGCUGCUGAAUGCUUUCGGAGUAAUAGCCCUCGGAUGACCGGACACUGCGACGCGUCAGUCCGAAGCACGUAUCGAGGGGGGGACAAAACAGCAGCAAUUCAGAGCGAACCGGGAGUCUGCAGCUACACCAAGGCGCGUUCCACAACAGCAGAGGAGGAGAGGAGGAAGACAAUAAAGGCCGACGAGUCAGAGGAAACUCAAACCCACGCUGAGCCAGAAGGAGAGAGCUCUCGGAGCUUUGGUAGAUGAACAGGGUAGCCAACAAACAGCUGAUGGCACCGGUAGAUACACUUGCACGAGGCGGAGAGCGUGUCACGCCAAGUUGAAUUUGGCAGCAGAGCGGCGUGCAAAGAGUAGACCAGAAUGCACGUUUGGAUGGACAAAGGAAAGCCCGUUGACCGACAGCUAUUCCUCCUAGCUUGCGAAAAAGCCGGCGUCUCAGCUGCAUUGAAAUCAGCUGUGAGAUCAGCUGAUAGGUCGGUGUGACGUGAUGACGCACGCACCGCAAAUGAAAAGGGAACGUCAAAGUCCACUUUGCUACAUGUCGUUGGAUCUUUAGCUGCUGGGGGAAUCUCUUUUGGCACAAUCUUCCACAUGCUGAACAAAGGUCUCAAGGAGAUGACUGC